CCCGGAAUAUAAAAUCCAAGUAGAGCCAUCAUCAAAACCGGGUCCGCAUAACCAUAAUUUAGGUAAUCACCGAAGAGACCCACCGGAAUUCUCUACCCUCCGGCCCCUGAGUUUAGCCUCGGGAACCGAAUUAUCACAGCGAGUUUCAAUAACGCAGAAUAGUGAUAGAAAAAGCAGCAGCGCAAAAUGAAGACGACGAAAGGAGGCAAAGUCAUGAACCCUACCGACGCUUAUCGCAAGGAACAACGCAAAAGGGAAUUGAAAAGGAACAAGAAAGAGAGGAAGAAAGUGAGAGAAGUGGGUAUAUUGAAGAAGGAUCCUGACCAACUAAAAGAUCAGAUUCAGAAACUAGAAGUGAUGAAGGCGGAGGGAGCUCUAGACAAAGCAAGGAAACAUAAAAAGAGACAACUCGAGGAUACACUUAAUCUUGUUCUCAAAAAGAGAAAGGAGUAUGAAGAAAAACUGAAAGAAAAGGGCGAACAGCCAGUUAUGUUUAGUCACUUGGGCCCUCCUCGAAGGCGGACCUCUGCUGAAGAGGAAGAAAUGGUCAAGCAUCCAAAACCUGAAGACUCAGUCUACUAUCACCCUACUCUAAAUCCAACUGGAGCUCCUCCUCCUGGAAAACCUCCUAUGUUUAAGUCAUCAAUUGGAUCUCGAGUACCAUUAUCUGCGGCUUCAUCAAGCGGUACAGCAUCAUCGUUACAGUUGGAUGGAGAAGAUGACAGCUUAUCAACUCUUCCUCCACCACCUCCACCACCUCCAUUACCCCAGAGUGGUGAUGCAGAUUCUGUGGAUGUGUCUGCGAUGCCUGCAUCUUUACCUUUACCUCCUCCACCUCCUAUGCCCCCAAAGCCUUUGACAGAGAUGAGCACUUCAUUGCCACUGCCUCCUUUGCCCCCACCACCACCUGGUCCCCCACCAAAGGAACAGGUUGCUGUUCAUCUUCCACUUCCUCCACCUCCCGCACCUCCCCUUCAGCCAUCUUCUCAACCUCCUCCUCCUGGCACUGGUGGAAAUGAAAGGGAUAGAAAUAACCUGGACAAUCCAGCUUCCGUAGACCUAAUGCAGCCUCCUCCUCCACUGGGCUUGCCAUUGAAGUCAGAUGGCACAUCUGUUGAAUCUGAUGCUAAAGCUUCCUCAGAGUCAAAAGAUCAUGUUAGAUUGCCACCGCCACCUCCGCCACCUCCAAGGCAACAGCCUUCAGUUCCUGGAGCUGCCAUGGUCCCGACUUUGCAUAAUGAUGUAUUACCUCCUGGACUUCCUCGGUUCCCUCCACCCCCACCCCCGACCGACAUGCGGCCACCACCUGGAAUUGCCGGCCAUCCUGCUCCACCUGGAGUCAUGCUCUCGCUUAUGCCAAGACCACCUUUCGGACCUCCUCCUGGUCCUCCACCAAUGAUGAGACCACCACUUCCGCCUGGUCCUCCUCCUUAUCUACCAGAUGGUGCCAGACCAUUUGCCACUCAGAAGCCAUCAUAUGUUAAAUCAGCUGCUUCAACCGUUGUUAAGAGGCCUCUAGCUCAGCAUACACCAGAACUUACAGCUAUGGUUCCUGCUUCUGUGCGUGUUAGGAGAGAAUCUGCAGUUCCAAAACCCAAACCAAAGUCAUUGAACACGAUUAUUGUCAACCAGCCAGCAGUAACUCCAGCUGUUGUCAAGCAUGAAUCAACUAGCGCAUCUGCACCAAAACCUCAAAGCAUUGAUGACUCGUAUACAGCAUUCUUGGAGGACAUGAAAGCACUUGGUGCUCUUGAUAGCUGAAGUGAUAGCUAAUAGCAACAGAAUCAGGAUAGCAGUCAAGAGGAAAGAAAUGCCAAUGGGCAAUCUGAUGGAUCUUCAAUGGUUACUUGGGCCAUCCCGCAUGUUCUUGGUGUCCAUAACUUUAUGAUGCUUCUACGUGUCAGCCAUCUUAUAACUUGCGUAAAUGCAUCGUGGUGGCAUCUGUAUUUUUCAUUGUCUUUCAUCAUAUUGUAAAAUUGAUUGUCUAAGAGAACACUCUUUAGGCUACUACUUGGUUUGCUGCUUCUCAUUUGACUGAUGGUUUCAACUCUCAAAUAGAGCGUCUGACUGCCAAAUAAGCCAAUCUGCAAGUAUUUCGGACCAAUUAUGACUGAUUCGACCGAUGUGUAGAGUUGCAAUGUUGGAGAUACUGUCCAAGGAAAAUGCACAUCAGGUGUUUACUGACAUUAGUAUUUGUUUAUUCAGGUUGAGGAUGAUUUUUCUGCUUCCAAGAGAGGUGUUGCUUAGUGUCGGUUGCUUGGCAUUUGCAUUUGGUUUUGGUUCAGUUUUUGGAGAACAUACUCGGGGGUUCUCUUUUUGGAUUAGUUUAAGGAUGCAUAUAUCUGUUACAAGUAAACAAAACUUCGAAAAUGUCCUUUAGAUGUAAUUUACUUGAUUCAAAUGAUCAAAACCUAUGAAUGUUUUGAUACUA